AUGGGCGAAGCAGCAGUACCGCCUGAGCUAGACACCGAUCCAGCAGCAAAGAUGGCUCAGACGAACCCUCUGCCUGUUCCCAUGGGCCCGUGGAAGAGCGUUCGGAGCAGAGGCCGGGAGAACCGCCAGCCACAGCCCUGCCACCCGCCCGUCCCAGAACGGCUCCGCUCCUCUCUCCGGACGGCACCGCUGCCCCGGGAACUGAUCUCCGCAGGGAUCACCGUGUACGACCAGGAAAACUUCCAGGGCAAGAGGAUGGAGUUCACUUCGGCCUGUCCAAACAUCAUGGAAUGUGGCUUCGACAACAUCCGCUCCCUGAAGGUGGAAUGUGGCGCCUGGGUGGGUUACGAGCACACCGGCUUCUGCGGGCAGCAGUUCAUCCUGGAGAGGGGAGAGUACCCGCGCUGGGACGCCUGGAGCGGCAGCAACGCCUACCACAUCGAGCGCCUGAUGUCCUUCCGCCCCGUCUGCUCCGCCAAUCACAAGGAAUCCAAGAUCACCAUUUUUGAGAAAGACAACUUCAUCGGCCGCCAGUGGGAGAUUGCUGAUGACUACCCCUCGCUGCAGGCCAUGGGCUGGGCCAACAACGAAGUGGGCUCCAUGAAGAUCCAGUGCGGCGCCUGGGUGUGCUACCAGUAUCCCGGGUACCGUGGCUACCAGUACGUCCUGGAGUUUGACCACCACGGUGGAGACUACAAGCACUGGAGAGAGUGGGGUUCGCACGCCCAGACCUCCCAGAUCCAAUCCAUCAGGCGUGUCCAGCAGUAG